ACUCUCUUUAUUCGUUAUCAUCUUCUACCCCGCAUCCUAUUUUUCAUGCCAUAUUGUUCUUGGGUAAUUUGGGAGCUGGGUUUUGCUGGAUAACUAGUGGGUAUUUAGGUGCUUUUGAGAGAUGAAGAUUCAGUGCAACGUGUGCGAGGCGGCGGAGGCCAACGUCCUCUGCUGCGCCGACGAGGCGGCGCUGUGUUGGAGUUGUGAUCAGAAAGUGCACGCCGCCAACAAGCUUGCUAGUAAGCACCAGAGGGUUCCGCUCUCUACCUCGUCUUCCCAGAUGCCCAAGUGUGAUAUUUGUCAGGAAACUGUCGGGUAUUUCUUUUGUCUGGAGGACCGAGCUUUACUCUGCAGAAAAUGUGAUGUUGCUAUACACACUGCUAAUUCCUUAGUAUCAGGGCAUCAGAGGUUUUUGCUGACCGGAGUUAAAGUGGGUCUUGAAGCUACUGAAAAAGGUUCACAAUCAUCUUCUGGGAAGACGCAUACUACUGAGAAUAUCUCAGAACUAGAGCCUCGUUCUCUUCCAAAGAAGACCAACACACCUGUAUCAUCAUCUAGUCAAUACAGUAAAAGUUUACCUGUCCAAGCUAGUAUAGAUGGUGAGUUUUCAAUGUCAAAAUCUCCGCUUGCUGGAGGUUCCUACACCGGAAAUAUUUCCCAGUGGCAGUUGGAUGAAUUUAUUGGACUUGGUGAUUUUACUCAGAAUUAUAAUUUCAUGGACAAUGGGUCAUCUAAGGCGGAUAGUGGGAAGCUCGGAGGUUCAGAAGACUCCCAGAAUCUAAUAGCUGCCGAUGGGGAGUUAGAGGUCGAUGAGUGUAUGGGUCAGGUGCCAGAUACAUUUUGGGCAGUGCCACAGAUUCCAUCUCCACCUACAGCAUCUGGACUUUACUGGCCUAAAAACUACCAGAAUCUAUCCGACUCUACUGCGUUUGUACCCGAUGUAAGUUCCUUACCGUUACAGACCUUCCACCACUACAAUCAACCACAUGUUAUCAGCUCGAAGCGGAGAAGGCAUUCUUGACAUAUCGUCUGAGACUGAGAAGCUGUCUAGGAGUUGCAGUUGUUUAGGGUUCAUCUUCCUCGAGUUUGAUUUAUUAGCUAGGUCAGUUGUGGUUGGAUAAUUACUUUCAUAUAUAUUCGGCGCAAUGCUUGUCACUUGAAUAUGUACCGUAAGGUGUGGGGAAGUUCCAUGUACUUUAUAAGAAAAGGGGGGAAGAAUUGAGCGUUGUAUGGCAAAGAUCAGUUUCCAACUGUUUUGGAAUAGGAAAGGAAGGCACAUUGAAGGGCAUGUGCAGUGGGGACAUGUUAGAUUCCCAACUUGCUUAUCUAUGCUUGUUAUGAAAAAACUAGUGAAAGCCCUUCUAAGAUAUCAGUUCAAAUACUUUUUGGCAGUUUCUUGCCUGCUGAAUGUAUCAAUUUUAAGAUCUUCAUGAUUGUAA